UAGGGGUGGGGCGGAGAGGACUCUGGACGCGGCCGAAAGAGUGCAGGAGUUGGCGAAGGAGGGUCCUCGGCUGUCAGCGUUGGGCGCGCGGACUGGCACGUCCGGGAGACACCGAAAUUGUCUUUAGAAACAUUUUCAAAAUAAGCCAGACGAAGAUUUUUAAAAUUGAUUUUUUUAAAAAAGGGACCGAAAGAUGGCUUGCUUUUUGGAGAAAUUAAAGCAAGUUGCUAUGUUAAGGAUAAGUAGGUUGAGAUUUCCAGGUUGAUCCUCUGUGACUUGGCUGACGGGAGAGUGGGUGACAGAUGGAAGGAUCGUUUCGGGCAUCAUCUUUGCUUGUUCUUAAGUCUGGAAAAAGAUCGGGGUCGUGAUCAGGAAAGCCAGACCUCCACUUUCCAGUGACAGAGGUUACGGAGGCGUUUUAGUGCGGAGGCGGGUCAGAUGAUAAUUGCUUCUAAUUGGCAUCCCCAGAAGCACCUUAAUUAUUUAUCUGCAGCUGUCACUCAAAGAGCAAAAUUCUUUCCACCUUUGGAAAACUAGUUUUCUUUCAAUAUUAUUAUUUUAAUAUGUACAAACUUUAGUCUGGAAUCAGCAGAAGCAAAGACACUUACAUGAAACGUUGUUUGCAAAGUAUCUUCUAAUCAUUAAAGUGUUGUGUCAUCUUAAAAAAUGAGAUCUGAAAAACAAAAGAUGUCAUGUGAAAGGUGACACCAGUUGAGAAGGGGUGGGAAUGAAGGGAACAGUUAAUUCAGAAAUAAGAUCCAGAAGUGAGAAGGUGAGGUAAUAAGAACCUGGUGUGUGCAACAUUUCUAAAAUGAAAGAGAAUAACAGGAACCUGGAGAAUUUGAGAACAUGAAGAAGCAGUAUCCAUGAAUUAUGAAGAGAAGCAGAUACAAGCUAGAAAGGAUUGUAAAAAUUAAAAGUGACAAGGCAAAGUACUAGCUCUGUGAUUAGAUCGAAUUCUCCAACAACGACAUCUCAGAUUAUGGCAAGAAAGAAAAGGAGAGGGAUAAUAGAGAAAAGGCGUCGAGAUCGGAUAAAUAACAGUUUAUCUGAGUUGAGACGACUGGUGCCAACCGCUUUUGAAAAACAAGGAUCUGCAAAGUUAGAAAAGGCCGAAAUAUUGCAAAUGACAGUGGAUCAUUUAAAAAUGCUCCAGGCAACCGGGGGUAAAGGCUACUUUGACGCACAUGCUCUCGCCAUGGACUUCAUGAGCAUUGGAUUCCGAGAGUGCUUAACAGAAGUGGCAAGGUACUUGAGCUCCGUGGAAGGCCUGGACUCCUCCGACCCACUGCGGGUGCGCCUGGUCUCUCAUCUCAGCACCUGUGCCUCGCAGCGAGAGGCGGCGGCAAUGACUUCCUCUCUGGCCCAUCACCACCACCCCCUGCAUCCGCACCACUGGGCGGCCGCAUUCCACCAUCUCCCGGCAGCCCUGUUCCAACCCAGUGGACUCCACACCUCCGAGUCCACGCCUUGUCGCCUCUCCACCGCUUCAGAAGUGCCUCCUGCCCACGGCUCCGCCCUCCUCACGGCCACGUUUGCCCACGCAGAUUCUGCCCUUCGGAUGCCAUCGACGGGCAGCGUGGCCCCCUGCGUGCCACCUCUUUCCACUUCUCUCUUGUCCCUGUCAGCCACUGUCCAUGCGGCCGCCGCCGCAGCCACGGCAGCUGCACACAGCUUCCCUCUGUCCUUCGCUGGGGCAUUCCCCAUGCUCCCCCCAAAUGCAGCUGCGGCAGUGGCAGCCGCGACCGCCAUCAGCCCCCCCUUGUCAGUAUCAGCCACGUCCAGCCCUCAGCAGACAAGCAGUGGAACAAACAAUAAACCUUACCGACCCUGGGGGACAGAAGUGGGAGCUUUUUAAGUUUUCACUGAACUUCUUGCAACAGUAACUGAAUGUCCUUAAUUUCAGAGUCAGCUCAAAACUUCUGCACCCUGAAAGUAGCCAUACAGAUUCUGCCUGCAGAUCCACAAAGGAACACUAAAGCUAAAUUUGAGACACAAACCUCACAUGUGGAAAUGUGGUAUUAUCUUUUUUCUCUUUUUUGACUUAAGGCAGUUUGGUAACUGACAUCAGCAACUUUCACACUCGUUUCCAUUUAGAAGUUUCCUGGAAAAUACAUGAACUAUAUUAUCCAGCAGUGCAUCAGGAUGCCUGAAUUGGGGAGGAAAAGUGCCCUGACUGAAUUCUCUUGAAGCUAGAUGGAAAACAAUAUUCAUGUUUCAUAAGUGCCUAAGCUAGUAAAGUUUUGUUUUGAACAUAAUAACAUUGCACAAAUAAAGAGUGUAGAGAUUAGAUUGAGAAAGGAAAGGGAGAGAAGUCUUGCAUUUGGCUGCAGACAUUUUAAUACAGUAUCAGAGAGGAGCACUCUGUUGAAACCAACAGGUUUUUAUUGGCCAAAAGAAUUGCUGAAAAUAAUUUUCAAGUUGAAAGACCUAGUUUUAUCUUAGUUUGCUUUCUUUGUACAGACUUGCCAAGUGGUGACAUUUAGCAAUGCAUUAGUAUAAGCAAUUAUUACAUCAGUGCUCAGAUUAACAAGCAUUUCUGCCCUGCCUGCAAACCCCCAGGCACUUUUUUUCAUGGCUCAAAAUAUGGUGCAUCUUUAUAUAAACCAUAUGUUUAUAGGGUGCACCUAGAAGCAGUUGCCUACUGUGUGCCCAUCAGCCACUCUUUGAUUCAUGCCAACUUGAAAACUCUCCAGUUUGUAAAAGUUCAGAUUAAUUUAUUCAGCUUCAUUUGGACUAUUUUUUUCAUACUUAUCGUCUUCAUUUCAUCCCGAUACCGCAUAAUAUCUAUUCUUGUCACCUUUUGGGGAGCAGUUGCAUUUCUGGAGGUGAUGAGACAGGGAAAGAAUAUUGGGAAGCGCAAAGCCACGAUUUUUAAAUGUUCUUUGUCAAGCUUGUGAUUGUGUUUGAUCCCAAAUCAAGAUGAAUGUAUGCAAAUGGGAUGUACAUAAAUUAUUUUUGUCCAUGCCUAGACUAGUGCUACAUAAUGGUGUUUUGGUUUUUUUUUUUGUUUUUAUUUCGUUUAUUGACAAAAUAAUCUCUUAAUACUUUGAAAUUAAGCACGUGAGAUUUUAUGUUUGAGAAAUAAAGACACAGCAUGUAUUAUGCACUUCAUUUCUCUGCUGUGUGGAGAAAGCAAUAAACAUUAUGAGAAUGUUAAACAUUAUGCAAAAUUAUACCUUAAAAUAUUUGUUUUAAAAUUACUGUACCUAGUCUCUUUUUUUUGCAUUACUUUGUAACCUUUUUCUAUGCAAAAGUCUACAUACCACUAAUUAAAUGAAGUCCUUUUUGA